AUGGCCGGCGACGCUUCCACUCCCCAGGGUGAUGCUCUCCCUACUCGAGGAAAGUAUCUCGAGUUUGGCGGAGAGUUGAAGAAGCUGUUCCCCCAAUCCCAGGAUUGGGUCAACCUGAAUCACGGAUCGUACGGGACCAUGCCCCUUGCCGUCCGGGAAAAGUUCCGCGCCUACCAGGACCUCUCCGAGGCCGCGCCGGACAAGUACAUCCGGUACGACCAGGGCCUGCUCAUCGACGAGGCGCGCGCCGCCGUCUCCGCCCUCGUCCGCGCCCCCCCGGACACCCUCGUCUUCGUCACCAACGCCACCGAGGCCGUCAACACCGUCCUCCGCAACCUCCAGUGGAACCCCGACGGCAAGGACGUCAUCCUCUUCUUCUCCACCAUCUACCCGGCCUGCGCCAAGGCCGCCGACUUCCUCGUCGACUACUUUGGCCCCGACCGCGUCAGCGUCCACGAGAUCCCGCUGACCUACCCGCUCGAGGACGAGGACAUCCUGCGCCUCUUCCGCCAGGCCGUGGCGGACGUGGAAAGGCAAGGGAAGCGCGCCCGCGUCUGCGCCUUUGACGUCGUCUCGUCCAACCCCGGCGUCGUCUUCCCCUGGGUCGCCCUGACCGAGGUCUGCGCGGAGCUCGGCGUGCUGAGCCUGGUGGACGGCGCGCAGGGCGUGGGCAUGGUCCCGCUGGACCUCGCCGCCGCCGACCCGGACUUCUUCACCUCCAACUGCCACAAGUGGCUGCACUCGCCGCGCGGCUGCGCCCUCCUCUACGUGCCCGCGCGCAACCAGCACCUCGUCACCACCACGCUCGCCACCAGCCACGGCUACGUGCCCCGGGCCGCCGUCCGGCGGGAGGUGCUCCCGCCCAACGCCAAGCCCGCCUUCGUCCGCGGCUUCGAGCUGGUGGCGACCAAGGACCGCUCGCAGGACAUCGUCACCAAGGACGCCAUCGCGUGGCGACGAGACGCGUGCGGCGGCGAGGAGCGCAUCAUGGCGUACUUGUGGGGGCUGAACAAGAAGGGGAGCGAGUACGUGGCGGGGGAGCUGGGGACGGAGGUGCUGGAGAAUGGAAGGGGGACGCUGACGAACUGCGCGAUGGGCAACGUUGCGCUGCCCAUCUGGUUCGUCAAGGGGGAGGGCGAGGCGGACAAGGGGGCCAAGGAGGGCGACGUGGUGCUGCCGGGGGAGGACGCCGGGCUGGUGCGGCAGUGGAUCAUGGAGAAGAUGAAGGACGAGUACAGGACGCUGAUGCCUCUGUUCGAGAUGGGUGGACGCAUGUGGGUGCGCAUCAGCGCGCAAAUCUACCUCGACAUGAAGGACUACGAGUAUGCGGCCAAGGUGCUUAAAGAGCUGGUUGCGCGCGUUUCCAAUGGGGAGUACAAGAAUUGA